AUGACAGAUUGUAAACCUGCUCGGACACCUUUGAAUAGCAACUUGAAGCUGCAGUUUCAUGGUGAUCUUAUUCCUAAUAUAGAGUAUUAUCAGAGAUUGGUUAGCAAGCUCAUUUACUUAACUAUCACUCGUCCUGAUAUAGCAUAUGCUGUGAGCCUUGUUAGUCAGUUCAUGCAUGCUCCAAACACAGAUCACAUGAAGAUUGUUCACCGUGUGCUUCGUUAUCUGAAGGGUUCCAUUGGUAGAGGGAUCCUCAUGUGCAAUAAUGGUCAUACACAGAUCUCAGGAUAUACAGAUGCAGAUUGGGCAGGGAACUCUCUUGAUCGCAAGUCUAUCACUGGUUUUUGCACAUUCGUUGGGGGUAAUUUUGUCACCUAG